AUGGACCUGACCUCCAUGGCCCCAUUUCCCACACAAUUUCUACAGGAAUUGGAUAAUGAUGAAGCAUCUAAUGAAAAGCUACAAGGAGUCAACAUUUGGAAUGAAUUUGAGUGGCGCAAAACUUUUUAUCCAGAAAAUAACCAGGAACAUAUUGUAGUGUCCAUCACUCUGAUCCUUGGGCUAUGUGGACUAGGAGGAAAUAGCAUCAUCUUCUGGCUUGUUGGCUUUUGCCUUAAGAGAAACUCUUUCUCUGUCUAUGUGUUCAGCCUGGCCAUUGCUGACAUCUUUUUCCUUUGCCUCCUGACUUUCUUAUCCACAGUGAAAAUUUUUCAUGCCUAUCUACUUUUCAAAAUAUAUGUAGCUUCAGUAAUAGCUGAAACAAUCAUCUAUAAUGUGGGUCUGGGCCUCCUGGCAGCCAUUAGCAUUGAGUGCUGUCUCUCUGAACUUUUCCCCAUCUGGUAUCAAAGUAAACGUUCGAAACACACAUCCGCCAUUGUGUGCACCCUGCUCUGGGUUCUACCUGUCCUGCUUCUGACAUUAAAUUACGUAAUGUGUAGUGAUUUAGGCCACGUCAUUGGCUGUAAGAGCUCUGAAAUGGCCCAGGCAGUAUGGACUGUGCUCCUGGCUUCAGUGCUGUGUGUAUCCAACCUGACUCUGAUGCUCAGGGUCCAGUACAGCUCUAAGUGUCCUCAGCAUCCCAGGUUCUACCUCCUUGUCCUGCUCAUGGUCCACGUGUUCCUUGGCCUUGGCCUUCCUUUGAUGAUCUCUAUUGUUGGGAAGUUAAAGGAGAGGACUUACCUAUUCAUGGUCCUUCCCUUACUUCUUUGUAUGAAUAGUAGUACCCAUCCCCUCAUUUUCUUCUUGGUGGGGAUCCUGGAUGAGAAGAUCCAAAAGAAGACCCUCGUGUUGGUUCUUCAGAGAGUUCUGGAGGAUAAGGAAAAUCCAGGGGAGGAUGAAGAGACACCCCACGUGGAAACUGUGGAGAUGUCAUCCUGGAAGGGGGCUGCAGGAGAGGCAUGA